AUGGGCGGCCCGUGGAACGGCAGCGUCUGCCCCGAGGGCGCGCGGGAGCCCGCGGGGCCGCGGCUGCCGCCGUGCGACGAGCGCCGCUGCUCCUUCUUUCCCCUGGGGGCUCUGGUGCCCGUGACGGCCGUGUGCCUGAGCCUGUUCGCCGUGGGCGUGAGCGGCAACGUGGUGACGGUGUUGCUGAUAGGGCGCUACCGGGACAUGCGGACCACCACCAACCUGUACCUGGGCAGCAUGGCCGUGUCCGACCUGCUCAUCCUGCUCGGCCUCCCCUUCGACCUGUACCGCCUGUGGCGCUCGCGGCCCUGGGUGUUCGGGUCCCUGCUCUGCAGACUGUCGCUCUACGUGGGCGAGGGCUGCACCUACGCCACGCUGCUGCACCUGACGGCGCUCAGCGUCGAGCGCUACCUGGCCAUCUGCCGCCCGCUGCGCGCCCGCGUGCUGGUCACCCGGCGCCGCGUGCGCGCGCUCAUCGCGGCGCUCUGGGCCGUGGCGCUGCUCUCGGCCGGGCCCUUCUUCUUUCUCAUGGGCGUCGAGCAGGACCCCGGCCUCCCUGCGGGCCACCCCCGGAACGGCACCCCGCAGGCCACGCUGGCGCCUCCGGGGCCCUCGGGGGCGCCGCCCUGGUCGCCGCGGCCGGGGCCCGACCCCGUGGCGGCCGCGGCGCUGUUCAGCCGCGAGUGCCGUCCGAGCCCGGCCCGCCGGGGCGCGCUGCGCAUCAUGCUGUGGGUCACCACCGCCUACUUCUUCCUGCCCCUGCUGUGCCUGAGCGUCCUGUACGGGCUCAUCGGGCGGCAGCUGUGGACGAGCCGGGGACCCCUGCGAGGCCCGGCUGCGUUGGGGCGCGAGAAGGGCCAUCGGCACACCGUCCGCGUCUUGCUGGUGGUGGUCUUGGCAUUUGUACUUUGCUGGUUGCCUUUCCACAUUGGCAGAAUCAUUUAUGUAAACACAGAAGACAGCCGGAAUGUGUACCUCUCUCAAUACUUCAACAUAGUUGCUCUGCAACUUUUCUACCUGAGUGCAGCCAUCAACCCAAUCCUGUACAAUCUCAUUUCAAAGAAGUACAGAGCAGCGGCCUGUAAACUGCUGCUCUCCAACCAGUCCAGACAGAUAGGUUUCUGCAGAAGCAGGGACAGUGGGGGGCAUACCGGAAGGGACACACCUGGCUACACAGAAUCCAGCACUAACGUAAAGACCACGGCCACGUAAGUCACCAUGUCCCACAGUUCUGGAAUGCCAAAGAGGUCUACAGAGAAACUGGACUGAAGAGGGUACUGAUGCUUAGUGCGCAGAAGGGUUAAAACGUAUUGAGUAGAUUACAAAUGCCAGUAUUAUUUCUUUUAACCAAUGUAUGAGAUGUAACUGGACAAGUUAUUCUGUUCCCCCUUCCAUGUACUCCUAAGGAUUGUGCAUUAUCGUAUGCAUCAUAGUUGUGAAAAGAUGCUACAAUGUGCUCCAGGGAGGCUCCGCCAUCUUCAUUUUGUUCAUCUUUGGAAAUAUGCUUUGAUAGCUUAGUUUUCAGUUAAUACGUGAAACGAGAGAGUCGGGAGUUUGUUUUGUUUUUAUGUUCUGUAUAUAAGACUUGUCUAUAAGACUGCAUAUAAAAGGAACACUGUAACGUAAGA